AUGGCACAAGAUAACCUUACCGCAGUUCUUCACAAGCCUUUGGAUUUGCGUCUCGAACAAACUGAAAUUCCUCAAAUCAAUGAUGAUGAGGUGCUCUUGCGCAUGGACUGUGUGGGUAUUUGUGGUUCAGAUGUGCACUACUGGCAGCAUGGCUCGUGCGGACACUUCGUCCUCAAGAAGCCCAUGAUAAUGGGUCAUGAGGCAUCUGGUGUUGUCGCAAAGAUUGGAAGCAAAGUGAGGAACUUACAAGUAGGUGACCGGGUGGCUAUUGAACCGGGAGUACCCUGCCGUUACUGUGAGUUCUGCAAAUCGGGUCGGUACCAUCUGUGCCCAGAUAUACUGUUCUGUGCGACACCGCCCGUUCACGGUAACCUCGCUAGAUACUACAAACACGCAGCGGACUUUUGUUAUAAAUUACCAGACCAUGUAACAAUGGAAGAAGGGGCAUUAUUAGAACCGUUGUCAGUCGGUAUACAUGCGUGCAAACGGGGUGGUGUUGGGGCGGGCGACGUUGUCCUUGUAUUGGGAGCUGGUCCUAUUGGGCUUGUCACUAUGCUGGCUGCGAAAGCUAUGGGUGCCAGCAAGAUACUCAUAACAGAUAUCCUGGAGUCACGUUUAGAAACAGCCAAGAAGUUGGGCGCACAUCACACCAUUCACGUGACAAAGGACGCCAACGAAGCAGAUCUUGUGAAGCUGGUUCACGAAAAGUUGGGAGGUCAUCCAGAUGUUUCAAUUGACGCUAGUGGCGUGCAGAGUACAGUGCGACUUGCUUUAUUGGCAACGAAGUCUGGUGGCGUAGCUGUGUUGGUUGGUAUGGGCAACCCAGAACUGACGCUCCCUCUAGCCGGUGCUAUGGCGCGCGAAGUUGAUAUAAGAGGAAUCUUCAGAUAUGUAAACAUGUUAGUAUGGAUAAACGAAAUGAAUUUAGUAUCUAAAAUAAUCUAUUUAGAUUGA